AUGAAAGAUCAGGUAAAAGUUGAUUGCGCACCAUCUCCCGUCGAGUCUUGUGAUUCAAAUGGCUCGUUGUCCCUAGAAAAAAACCAUGGGGGUGCUCCGUUGCACAAUGAUGAAAGUGAAGAUGAACCAAUUCAGACCAUUUUAUCAGCCCGGGGUAAACCAGUGAAAGUUUGGGCGGACUUUGAUGAUGCUAUGGACCUUGCUGACAAAGCCAGUGAUCUGGAGCUCACGCCUGAAGAGGAUAAAAAACUCUGCAGAAAAAUCGACCUGCAUAUGUUUCCCUUAAUGUCGCUACUAUACGCUAUUCAGUAUAUGGACAAAACAUCUAACGGUAAUGCCGCAAUUAUGGGCUUAAUUACUGAUCUUAAAAUGGUUGGCGAUCAAUACUCUUGGGCCAGUUCAGCUUUCUACUUCGGUUAUUUAGGCGGGUUGUUUGUACUACCCCCUUUACUGCAAAAGUCAAAAUAUUUCAUGAAGACCUUAGCAGCCAUUAUUAUUCUUUGGGGUAUGGUUUUAACUGUUCAUGCAGCACCUAAUGUGAAUUUCGCUUCAUUUGUGUUUCUUCGCUGCCUCUUGGGGUUUUUAGAAAGUGCAAUCACUCCUGCGUUCACAGUUAUAACGGCUCAGUACUGGAGAAAAGAAGAACACUUCUUGCGAAUCUGUAUAUGGUUCGGAUUCAACGGUUUUGGUGCCAUUUGGGGUUGCUCCAUAGCAUAUGGUUUAUUUAUAAGAGCAGAUGUCUAUUCAAUUCCUGCUUGGAAGAUUGUGUUCAUUGUCAACGGUUGCAUCACCGUGUUCGUGGGUUUCUUGAUGUUAUUUAUCCUUCCGGACGCUCCUCAAAAGGCCUGGUUCCUAUCUAAGCGGGAAAAGCUUUUAUUGAUUUUAAGGAUUAAGGGAAACCAGCAAGGUUUCGGUAACCAUCAUAUCAAGAAACAUCAAAUAUGGGAGGCAUUCAGGGACCUAAGGACGUGGAUAUAUUUUUUUUACGCUAUAAGCGCCUCCAUUCCCAAUGGUGGUAUAACAAAUUUUCAGACAAUUUUACUGCAUGGCGAUUUCGAAUACACAACAAAGCAGACAUUGGUGAUUUCAAUCGCUAUUUCUUUUGUUUCGUGGCUAGGAGUUCCGCUAUUUGGUUAUGCUUCAAGUUACUAUCUUAAAAAGAAAUCCAAGUAUUUAGGGAGCUGUCUAAUUUGGUCAAUUAUAUCUUUGGUCAUUGUGUUACUUGGGGUUUGUCUCUUAGCAUUUCUCGAAAGCAGCAAACAAGGAAGACUAGCAGGUUUGGUCUUUAUUUUAUUGUCACCCGUUGCUCUAAUUUCCGUAUUAGCUAAUAUAUCUGCAAAUACUCUCGGUUAUACAAAAAAAUGGACUGUCAUGUCCAUUAUGCUUAUCGGUUACUGCGCCGGUAAUAUAGCAGGUCCCCAUACUUUUAUAGAAUCGCAGGCUCCUCACUAUCAGGGUGCUAAGGUAACCCUCGUAGUGUGUUUCGCUGUCGGAAUCGCUCUUUUGACAGGACUCUACAUCUUGAACGUGUCAGAAAAUAAAAAGAGAGACAGAUAUGCAAUGGAAAACACAAUGGAGGAAAACGCCAUUCAAAAUAUAGAGUUCGCUGAUUUGACAGAUUUCGAAAAUCCGUUGUUCAGAUACACAUUAUAG